GUCUGGAGCUGCCAACCUGGUAAUUAACUGUGACUGGCGUUUGUACCUCUCUCGAUCCAGCAUAUGUGUCUCGCAUACACAAGCAUCGCUGGCAACAAUUUCAUGCUCACCCACCUGGCCACCUCCAUACCGAACCCAUCGCGAUAACCCGCCCUUGGAACCGAGCCGAGACGAAAGACCUACGGAAUCGGCACCCGACCCUGCGCAAUUGAACCAACAUACCCCCCUUGGCCGAAGACGGGAAACACAAACAACCUUACAAUUACGUACCACGCUUCGAAAACCGGGAAGAAGCAUCAACACCAGCAGGCACAGUUCACGAUGCUCGUCUCAUUGACCGUCGGCAAGGUUGACGCCGGCGUCACGGUUCUUCUGACGCCGGACAAGCGUUUGAUCGAGUUCCCGUCUAUCCUGCUCCCUCCCAACAUCUCCUCCGGCAGCAUCGUCGACAUCACCGUCGCCCGUAACCUAGGCUCAGAGGCCAAGACCGAGCAUGCCUUCCGCGAGCUCCAGGACCGCAUCUACUCGUCCUUUGGCGCCAGCUCGCCCACGACACCCGUCCUGCGCUGCCGCAACGCGACCCAGACCUCCGUUGUCCUCGAAUGGGACCCCAUCGAGCUCGCCACCGCCGACAUCCUCUCCCUCUCCCUCCACCGCAACGGCCAAAAGGCCGGCAACAUCCCCCGCCCUCUGCAGAUGCACAGCACAAAGAUUAGCGGUCUUGCUGUCGACACAGACUACACCUUCCACCUCGUCCUGCGCACCACCGCCGGCACCCUCAGCUCCGAAAAGGUCACCGUGCGCACCCACAAGAUGACGGAUCUCAGCGGCAUCACCAUCACCACGGGCAUCAUGCCCCCUGCCACCAGAGAGGCGCUUUCCGCGGCGGUCGACCGUAUCGGCGCCAAGAUUGUCGACAGCGUCCGCAUUGAUACGACGCACUUUGUCACCACCGAGGGCCGCGGCCUGGCGUGGGAGAAGGCCGUCGAGACCAACAUUCCCGUCGUGCGCCCCGAGUGGGUUGAAGCGUGCGAGAAGAACGGACGCAUCCUGGGUGUGACAAAGUUCUACCUCGACGCCCUUAGACCCGGACCCUCGAGCGACGAACUCCAGCAGACGCCCCAGCCGCAACAGACACCACCGACGCAGAAGGAGCUGCCGACACCCCCGGCCGCCAGCACGCCAGAGGGCAACGGUGAUGCGGCUGCCACGUCGUCCGUCAAGUCCCCCGAAGUCGAGAACCCCCUCAGCAAGGCGGAAGAAGAGCCGGCUUCCGGCGACGAAGAGAGAGAGGCGGAACAGAAGCGGAUUGUGGACCAAGAGGAGCAAAAGGUGCGGCUGGAAGACAAGGACGAGCAGAACCUCGCGCACCGGCCAAAGGAGGAGUCGGACGAGGACAGCGAGGACGGCAAGGGAGACGAGGACAAUCCGACAAAGGGGGAGAAGCCGGGCGUCUCUCCUGACGGCGCAUCCUUCCAGGAUGUAGCCUUGUGAGGCGGGGGUUCAUCUCGUGUUUGAGGGAUGAGAAUGAUUGGAGGUGAUUCGGAAGGAGUUCUUUCACAGCACGGAGUUACCCAGAGAUGUCGUCGCGUCUCGUGUACAACUAGCCGUUUCUUCACGACUUUUAUAGAAUC